AUGGAGCGUGCAGAGUAUACAAAGGAGAAGAAGGUUGGUGAAGGUACAUAUGCCGUUGUGUAUGUUGGUACCAAGCAGAGCACAGGACGCCGAAUUGCUGUGAAGGAAAUCAAGACCUCAGAAUUCAAGGACGGUCUAGAUAUGUCGGCAAUCCGUGAGGUGAAGUACUUACAGGAGAUGCAACAUGUCAACGUCAUCGAACUAGUUGAUAUAUUCAUGUCGUAUGGCAAUUUGAACCUGGUAUUGGAAUACUUACCAACUGAUCUAGAAGUGGUCAUCAAGGACAAAUCAAUACUAUUCACUCCAGCGGACAUCAAGUCCUGGAUGCUUAUGAGUGUACGUGGUGUCCAUCAUUGCCACAGGAAUUUCAUACUGCAUCGUGAUUUGAAGCCUAAUAACUUAUUGAUUGCCCCGGAUGGUCAAAUAAAAGUAGCGGAUUUUGGUCUAGCGCGUGCUGUACCAUCUCCGCAUGAAGUUCUGACAUCUAAUGUGGUGACCAGGUGGUAUCGAGCACCUGAGCUUCUCUUUGGUGCAAAGCAUUACACAUCCGCCAUCGACGUGUGGUCUUUGGGUGUCAUAUUUGCAGAACUUAUGUUAAGAAUACCGUAUCUACCAGGCCAAAAUGAUCUUGAGCAAAUGGAGGUUACAUUUAGGGCCCUGGGAACACCUACAGACAAGGAUUGGCCGGAAGUAUCGUCAUUUAACUCUUACAACAAGUUACAAAUGUAUCCACCACCUUCUAGAGAUGAACUGCGGAAAAGGUUUAUUGCUGCAACGGAAAACGCCUUAAAUUUCAUGAACGGUAUGAUGUGCUUAAACCCAGCAAAGCGUUGGAGCACAGCUCAAUGCCUCGAGAGUGAAUAUUUCAAAGAACUACCAAGACCAUCAGAUCCUGCUACAAUUGACAUAACUAGAAAGGAAUAA